UAUUACAGCCCAGUCAUCCUUACACUGAGUUAAGCUUAUGUAAAUGAGCAGAUCCUGUAAUGAGGGCGCAACUGUCUUUUUAAGAGGCAGUGACAUGUAGCGACACCUCCACCCCUUUUUCAUUCGGCAGAUGAUGUCACUGUGGCUUUCCUUAGACCUUGGACAAAUGAUGUGAGCCUCUGUGUGGAGUUCCUCCUCUUUACCUCUCUCUCUCUCUCCCUCGCUCUCCCUCUGUGUCUCCAUUCUCCAUAUCAUACUCCACUGCUCUCUUCGUGAACAGAGGGGCUGCCGGUGAGGAAACUUGACUCUGUCCCCUCUUUCCUUUCUUUUUUUCUCUCUAUGCCUCUUUUGUCCUCCAGCAGCGAUGUAGUCCUCUCUCUAACUUUAACAUCUCUUUGGCAAUGAAGCCUUGACGGACAUCUGUCACUCCACCUUUCUGGACAUCUGUGGAUUCUUUCCUUUCUUCUUUUUCAAAGUCGCCUCGUAUCUGUGUGCCUGGACCAUGGCCAUGAAGGAUAUCGUGCUCCCCAUCAGUGAGGUGUCCAGUCCGUACCCAGAGGUCGUAGAACUCAACGUCGGUGGCCAGGUGUACGUCACCAAGCGGUCCACGUUGGUCAGCGUACCUGACACCACCCUCCACACCAUGUUCACCCGUUACGCCCCGCAGGAACUUCCUCACGAUAGCCGAGGGCGCUUCUUCAUCGACCGCGACGGCUUCUUGUUUCGAUACGUCCUGGACUUCCUAAGGGACCGGCAGCUGGUGCUUCCCGAACACUUUCCGGAGCGAGAGCGUCUGCAGCGCGAAGCCGAACACUUUCAGUUGGGAGAACUGCUGAGGCUCCUGGGGCCACGCGUGGCCAAGCAGGGAUCUCUAAAUGAUGAGGGCUGUCAAAGUGACAUCGAGGAAAGUUCUCAAAGUAGCGAGCUGGUGACUCGAACCGGAAACAUCACAACGCACCAUGCGACUUUCUCCUCCGGCCUCGACAAGAGGUCAGGGUUCAUUACGAUCGGUUACCGUGGAUCGUACACGAUGGUGAGGGAUAACCAAGCCGACGCUAAGUUUCGACGUGUGGCGAGGAUCAUGGUGUGCGGGCGUAUUGCUCUGGCCAAGGAGGUGUUUGGGGACACACUGAACGAGAGUCGGGAUCCAGACCGUCCGCCGGAAAAAUACACCUCACGCUUCUACCUGAAGUUUACCUACCUGGAGCAAGCGUUCGACAGGUUGAGCGAAGCCGGGUUCCAGAUGGUGGCCUGCAACUCCACCGGAUCUGCUGCUUUUGUUAACCAGUACAGAGAUGACAAGAUCUGGAGCAGCUACACAGAGUACAUCUUCUUCAGGCCUGCCUGCAAGUCAGUAUCCCCUAAGCUUGAAUGUGAUGAGCCCAAGUGUGGGAAACUGCUAGAUAAGGCCAGUGAGAGCGGAGCGUCACUUAAUGAGCUCUCCACCUCCAGCUCUGAGACUCACUCUGAAGCCACUUCACCCCAGGACGGAGGACCGAUCCUGGUGUCACGCGGUGAGGUGGUCGGGGAAACCAGGGCCCCUUGCGGAGCGCUGCGUUCCGUCUCCCGGCCUCCGAGCACUCUCACUCUGGGUCGACCACCCAAGAAAGGUUCCUCUGUGCAGUGGAUGGAAUUACCGGAAAAGAGGAGGAACAGCGAGCUGUUCCAGUCCCUUACCAGCGGUGUGGGUUCGAGGGAAGGUACGGGGUGCGGUCUGACCCGAAGGAAAACCUUGGAGAGGCCCAGUGCAGAGGAAGAAAUGAAACAGUGUAUCCGAGAGUUCCGAAAGAUCAGGAUCCCGCCGGCAUUCCCGGAGCGCAAGCGACAGUGGCAGUCGGAACUGCUUCAGAAGUACGGUCUAUAAAGAAACCUCAGGGGGGAUGUUUUACAUGUCAUGUUUGUUCAAUAAGUUUGGAAAUGCUUAAAGGCCUUGAUGCACAUUGAUAAACAAAACUGUAAAAAAAAAUGUAAAGUGGGAAUUCGGAAAUCGGACUUUCACUUUGUUUGCAAAAACGGUUGACAGCACAAUUCAUUUACUAUUCAUUUCUUUGAAAUCUGAAUAAAAACAACUACCAAAAAAGUGAAGAAAAUUGAUUUGAAGACGUUGUUAAAGAGAUUCAUGAACUGAAAGCCAUUUCAUUAAUGUCACUUAUUGUAAAUACUAACUCCAGAGAUCUUGUACUGUAUAAACUAUUGAAUUGAUUCUGUUGUCUUUGGUGUCAUGUGCCAAAGUGAAAGCAGAACUGAAUCCUUGUGUUGUCUUGCUGGACAAACGCAAUUUACUUGAACUGAAACAUAACAUUAUUUCAUCAUAAGUCCUUCCAAAGUCAUUAGUAGGUUUACAUAUAUCACAGCCACCGCACUAGCCAUCAGGUGGGUUCGACUUGAUGUGGCACCACGCACAGUCAGACCAAGAGCAAGAUCAAAGUAUCCUGAAAACGAUUCGCAAAAUCAAAAUCAAAAAUGAACAAUUGAACAAAUAUCAGCAUGAUAACAACUACCUUAAAGGACCAAAACCAUCUAUCGGAAUAUUUUAUUGGAAGUGUAAAUAUUUUUUUAUUAAGAGCCGAGUCCCGUUCGUUUGCAUGGAGAGGGCGGGGUUUAUGACUUGUACUGCAGCCAGCCACCAGGGGGCGAUCAAAGAGCCACCAGCUUCACUUUUCAAGAUGCAUGAGGCACACCUGAUAUGGACUCAUUGGCCCUGUCCCAAAUGGCACACUCCGGACUUGUGGACCUCCUCAAAGUCCACACUUUGAUGACAUCAUGUAGUACAGACCCUUGACGCGAGUCCAAAAGGGCGCACCGGAGUCGUAUUUUGGGAAAGACUCCAGAGUCACACCGGAAAUAGGAAGAGAAGUGUGAACUUCUCCCUUCCAUCAUCUGAUUGGUCUGAUUCCUCUUUCGCAAGGACUUCUGGGUUGGUAAAGUGCGGAAGCCUGCUGCAGUGAAGACCGCAUCAAGGGUGCAAAGGGGGCGCUGAUGAGCACACUAGUGUAAAAAUGACAGAUGGGACAACCUACGGACUCGUAGACUAAGCGAGCACGUGCAAUUUAAGGCCAUCAGACUGAAAGUCCACAUGAAGUGCGCCAUUUGGGACAAGGCCAAUAAAGUGAGUAGGUUCAAUAUCACUGGUCUUAAAGGGAUAGUUCGGCCAAAAAUGAUAAUAAACCCAUGAUUUACUCACCCCCAAGCUGUCCGAGUUGCAUAUGUCCAUCGUUUUUCAGACAAACACAUUUUCGGAUAUUUUAAAAAAUGUUUUAGAUCUUUCAGUUGAUUAAAUGUAAUGUUACGGGGUCCACCCAUAGUCCACGACCUUCAAGUCCAAAAAAAGUGUGUCCAUCCUUCACAAAUUAAAUCCAAAAGGCUCCAGGAUGAUAAAGAAAGGUCUUCUGAGGGUAAUCCGCACGGUGUUGUUGUAGAAAUAUCCAUAUUUAAAACUUGAUUAACGAAAAUAAAUACCUUUCGGUAGCGUAAAAAGUGGGUGGGUCUUGUGCCACCCACAUGGUUCCUACACCCAUGCUUUGAUGUCAUCCGCCUGUCAGUCUACGUGGUGCCACAUAAAAUCGAACACAAAUUUCUAACGAAGAAGACACAGGCUGUUAUCCAAACAUUUAUAGCAAGGAAAGCCCUUAUACUUGGAAGCGGCCAAAUAUGAGGUGCUUCUGGGAGGUUUUUGCAUCUUUAAAAAUGAUCAUGUGACUUACGCACGCCAUGUGACCUGUAUAUGUGAUAAAACUGUUUCCAUUGCAUUUUUGCGAUAAAUAGUUUUUUCGCAUAUAAAACGUUUUUGUAAGUGUUUCCAUUGGGCCUAUUUUCACGCAAUUUGAAGGGUAAUAGAAACAGAACUAGUGUUGUGGUCGCUGGGACUCGGGUCAUGUGCCAAUCAUAUCUAAAUAAAAACAAAAAUUCGGUAGAAGAUGAGAGAAGUAUUUCCAGGAUUUACUAAUAAGCCAUUGACAGAAGCUACACUGUAAAACCUAAAAGUUAACUCAACACAAACCAUUUAAGUGAACCGGUUGCAUUAGUUUUAAAACACAUACAUUUUAGUACUGUGAACUAAACAAAUUGAGUCAUAUGCAGUUAUGUACUUAUGUUUAAGUUUACACUACUUAAAUAUAAGUGCAUAAUUGCACAUGACUCAAGUUCACAGUACUUAAAGGUAUAGCGGAGGAUUUUCUCGAAUUUUAGAAAAGAACCGCCUUCUCCACGUUUUUAAAAAAUGCAAUUGCACAACACUCCUGAUUGACAACUAGGAGGACCAAUAGUGUUGAUGAUCCACCCGGAAAUAGAAAAUCCUCCGCAAUACCUUUAAAUUUAUGUGUUUUAAAACUUAAAUGGUCUAAUGCAACCGGUUUACUUAAAUGGUGUGAGUUAAGUUAACUGUUAGGUUUUACAGUGAUACAAUACACACACUAUGUUUUGUUUAUGCUUGUAAAGUCACGGCUUUAAACAGGACAGUAACAUAACAUACAGUAUGAGUUUCCCCAAAAUACAAUACACUGUAGUUCUGACCUGUUGAGUUUGCACAAAGUGAGGAUUUUGUCCUGUACAUAACUAAAGUCUUUGUGUACAGAAGAGGAUUAAAUUCAGAAAUAAUCUAUCUGUAUGUAUACUAGAGCGAGAUAAAACACUCAAAAGAGGAGUGAAAGCCUUAUUUCACUGCAGUUUGUACCUGGCCUGUAUGAUGUAAUUGAAAUUCUAGUCUUACCUAUAUCUGUGAAUUGUAUAUUCGGACGAUAUAAAUAUAUAAAAGUGAAGUAUAUAUUUGCUGAGAUAUAUUUAGAAUGAGCUUGCAGUGUUGAUCAGAUCCAAUGGGGAUGUGGGAAUUUUAUAUCAGCUACAGUAUGUAGAUAAAGUAUAUAAUAUGACUUUUUCCUCAUUACAACACUGUAGAAAUUACAGUAUUUUUGGCAGCUGUUUGCCAGUAACUUACUGUAGAUUUAAAUGCAGGCUUUUUACUGGCAACAGUUAGUUCAUAGUUAAAUAAACUUUAAUCAUUAACAAGUCUUUAUCUUUACAGAAUAAAACUAAAAUGACAGCCUCAUGCAAAGCAUUCUGGGAACCAAAAUCUAAAGAAAAAAACAUUGAUGAGGAUUUCUGGUUUCCAGAAUGCUGUGCAUGAGGCUGUUAUUUUAGUUUUAUAAAGAUAAAGACUUGUUAAUGUUUAAUGUUCAUUUAACUUUGAACUGUUGCCAGUAAAUAACAUAAAUGUAAAUUUACAGUAAGUGCUAAACAGCUCAUAACUACAGCAAAUGUUUUACAGUGAACCCUUUGUUAGAAAGAUUAAAUGUUUACAUUUUAUAUAUUUGACCGGCCAUCAUAAAAACUUGAUCUCUUGUAUUUGAACGCUGUUUUCUCUGUUGUCUCGGGGUGGUACCUAAAAACUGCACGUUGCCUGGACUGCUUAGAUAUUAUAUGUGACCCUGAACCACAAAACCAGUCAUAUAAUUGAGAUUUAUGCAUCAUCUGAAAGCUGAAUAAAGCUUUCCAGUGAUGUAUGGUAUGGAUAGGAUAGGAAAUCUGGAAUUUGAGGGUGCAAAAAAAUCAAAAUACUGAAAAAUAUUGCCUUUAAAGUUGUUUGAAUAAAGUCGGUGGCUACACAUAUUAUUAAUGAUAAAUAUAUUUUUGAAAUAUUUACAAAAAUAUAUAAUUUACAAAAUAUCUAAAAUGAACAUAAUCUUUACUUAAAGUCCUAAUAAUUUUUUGGCAUCAUUUUGACCCAUACAAUGUAUUGUUGGCUAUUGCUACAAAUAAACCCGUGCUACUUAUGACUGGUUUUCUGGUCCAGGGUCACAUGUUAUGUGCACUUCAUUUUGUAAAGUGGUUUGUGUGUCUGUGUGUUUGCUUCUGUCCACAAGCAGUCAUUUAUGUGAAUUUUAUGAAGGACUUUUUUAUAUUACGAGGUGAUUUUGGAACCUCAAAGAAAUGAAACCAGAAAAUGUGUUACUGCAGACCAUAAGCUUGUCUUUUUCCAGGAUGGGUAGGGACCUCAUAGGGGUCUUACAUGGGUGGCCCAGGUUGCUUUCCCUAAUGUUUAAUUUUUGGUGUGCUUAACAUAAAUUAAAGUUUAGCGUAAAACUGAGCCAAGAAAGAUUUAUUCCGAUAUAAAAAUGGAAAUAACCACUGGCAUUGAGCCAGUACCUCAAUCCACAUCUCGAUAAAUAUUCUGCGUUGUCAUCUCUAGAAUGAUCUUUCCAUCUGCCAUAGGCUGAAUUUCCAUCGACGUUUCCAUCUUAAUUAAAACAUGAAUUUGAAAAAUGAGUUGGCAGUCGUUCAGAUUGAUGUGUAAGGUGUUUUGCGCACAUUUAAAGCACAUAAUUCUGUAAAUGCUGGUUUGAGACGUGCCGUCUCGAUCCAGGACACAGGUUUGAAAAGCACAAGGCUCAAUUGACUCUGUUUGAAGUAUGUUUUAUGGGUUUCAAUCAGACUUUGUCUAUUGUUAAAGAAUUUGUAAAGACGUUAAUUGUUCUCUUUUAAUUUUCCUCAAUGUCCUCUAAUAAAAGUUAUGUUACGAUG